UUUAUUUUUUAAAUUUAAACCCACACAAAUAUUACUUUAUACUAAAAAUAAACUUAUUUUUAUCCUAUAUUUACUGAAAACUAGAAAACCAAUAAAAGUAGUGCAAUGUGUAAACGUGGCCACUAGAGGGAGACAAACCACCGCCUGACUGUCAAUAAAGCAAAGCAAGCGCUCUGAAGUUUGCUUAAACUUAUGACAUCAAGGUCCAUUUCUGUACACCAGACAUUUUUUAGUCAAAUAAGUUUCCUCACAAUGCCGCUAAAUUCAUUCCUCUAAAAAUUUAUUCUGCUUUCUCACAAGCGUCGCAGUGUUGGAUCAGAUAUUAACGAUGCUGAUUAUGAUUUUACAAUAAAUGGUGGACGAUUUCCUCCUGUUUCCGGUUGACAAUAAUGCGUCUACAUUUUGCACGGCCUCCUUCAAGACCUGACGUCCUGAAUGUGCGCUGCAUCUACAAACUGUAAACAAUCAAGCUGGAGUCAGAAACCGGAAGUACAAAGCUAGCUAGCUCAACUAGCUAUUUGGUUUGUAACAUCGCUGCUUUAUGCACAACUUUAUUCACUUCCCGUUUUAUUAUUCAAAUGUUAAUAGUUGUCAGCGACUACAUCUCUUUAGAUAGUGUCAUAUUAACAUUUUUGGAGGUUUCGAGUUAGCAUUUUGAGUCAAUGCGCGUUCCUCGGUAUUAUUUUGAAAUCCAUAACCGGAAGUAUUCAUCUACAUGCGUCUAAUUUGACAACAGGCGCACUUGGACGCAACUUUCUGUGAGCGCACAGGCGCACUGUUCUCUGGCAAACAGCGGAGUUCAUGCCGCAGUCACGUCUGAGAAAACAUUUUUAUUUUUAUUUUUUAUUUUUGGCUGAAACUUGGAGUUUAGGCGGUUUUCCCGGAAGAUUGAUGCGUCUGUUGACUUGCGUCCACUUCGCCUGUUGACAUUUCUGCGGAAACCUCUCUGUUCUGCGGCUGGUGGGUCGGGGAGGGGUUCGUCGGAACCGAAAUGUGGGGGAUCCAGAGGAGCCGCUACGCCGACUGUAACGGCUCGGAAGCCAGCGAGGAGGCGGAGGUGGUGGUGAACAUCGGCGGGGUGAAGCAGGUGCUGCACGGGGACGUGCUGAACCGCUUCCCGGACACUCGACUGGCCGAGCUGGUGGACUGCUCCCUGAAGUCUCCGGAGGAAAUCUCCUCGCUGUGUGACGACUACGACCCGGACACCGGGGAGUUUUAUUUUGACAGAGACCCCGAAGCGUUCAAGUGCGUAAUCGAGUUGUAUUAUUACGGAGAGGUCCACAUGAAGAGAGGCAUCUGCCCGAUGUGCUUCAUGAAGGAGAUGGACUUCUGGAAAAUCGGCUCGGAUUUUCUCGACGAAUGCUGUAAGAGCCACUUGAAGGAGGUGGAGGAGGAGCUCGCGGAGAUCGCCGAGCGAGUCAGAACCAUCCUGGUGGACCGAGAAGGAGACCCGGCUGCUGGAGGCUGGCAGCGCUUCCAGGUUUCCCUCUGGAGGCUGAUGGAGAAGCCGGAGUCCUCGCUCGCUGCGCACGUCAUCGCCAUCCUUUCCUUCGUUUUCAUCCUCAUCUCCUCCGUGGUGAUGUGCGUGGGCACGAUCCCCGACCUGCAGGUGGAGGACUCGGAGGGGAACCUGACGGAGCACCCGACCCUGGAGGUCAUCGAGACGGUGUGCAUCGGCUGGUUCACCGUCGAGUACCUCCUCCGCCUGAUCUCCUCCCCGAACAAAGUCAAAUUCGUCCUGGCCUUCAUGAACAUCAUCGACUUCAUGGCCAUCAUGCCCUUCUUCGUGGUGCUGAUCCUCACCUCGUUCGGCGCGGGGGUCAUGGAGCUGGCCAACGUGCAGCAGGCCAUCCAGGCUUUACGCAUCAUGCGCAUCGCGCGCAUUUUCAAGCUGGCGCGCCACUCCUCCGGACUCCAGACCCUCACUGCGGCUCUGAAGAGCAGCCUGAAGGAGCUCGGGCUGCUCCUCAUGUACAUGGGCGUGGGGGUCUUCCUGUUCUCCGCGCUGGGCUACACCAUGGAGCAAAGCCACCCGGACACCCUGUUCACCAGCAUCCCGCAGUCCUUCUGGUGGGCUGUGAUCACCAUGACCACGGUGGGCUACGGGGACGUGUACCCCAAAACCACCUUGGGUCGGUGCAACGCGGCCAUCAGCUUCCUGUGCGGGGUCAUCGCCAUAGCGCUGCCCAUACACCCCAUCAUCAACAACUUCGUGCUGUUCUACAACAAGCAGCAGGUGCUGGACACCGCGGCCAAGCACGAGAUCGAGCUGAUGGCGCUGCGCACCGGAGAGGGCGAGCUGCAAGACGCGCCGCCGGGGCGUCGGGAGCACGUGUGCGGCUCCGGCGCGCGACUUUGGGACCAGAGCUCCUCGUGCCACAGCGAGACCCUCUUACCUCUGAUGAGGAGUCCCACAGGAGGGGCCAGCAUCCGGACCCCCAGCGCGGAAACGAGCUUUGAGAGCACAGCUGAGGCCGCCGAAUAUUUUGCUUCAUAGGCAGGGGAAAAAAAUGCUUGAUGAGAGAGGACAAAGUAACAACAACAACAACAACAACAACAACAACAACAACAACA